GAGCUGGAGAAUCAGUACACGCCCAGCAGAUGGGUCGUCCGACUGGGAGCAGAGGAGGCCCUGAGGACCUAUUCACAGAUGGGAAGUGAGGAAACAGGUCUGGGAACCUAUCAGCUAGUGAGUCACAAGGUUAACUCCCGUCUCCAGCCUGUGUGUCCAGAGUGCUGUACUUUGCUUUUUCGCUUGGUGAAGCACCCAGUGGGGCCGGGGGAGCAGGCUUCGUGAAAGAAGUGUGAGUUAGGGAGCAGCCGGCUCCAGCCUCAGCCAGGGACGUUGGAGUGGGCGGAUCUGCUCUGUCACAGCUGACCGAACCGAGUCCCAAGUGCGGUGGUUCUCUAAACGGAUAAUCCAGCAGGAAGAACAGGCUCGUGGGGUUAUUCCAGCACAUUCCAUCGCCCCCCCUGUUCUUUGUAGAAGUGCGGUGGAGCCUCGCCCCAGACUUUGAAGAGUCCCCUGCUGUGCCCGGCUCUGUGCCAAAUACAUGUAUCUCUAUUUGCUCAGUUAGUAUUUGAGUGUGUGGUGAGAUGGAUGUGAGCUUACAGAAAAGCUGUCUGUCUGAAUCGUCUUGAGGGAGCAGAGAGCCGGCCACGCUGAGAAAGGGACUCACCCGGAAGGAGCACGAGCUAAGAAGAAUGUGUUGCCUGCGGCCCUCAGGGGCUAGUGAUUGCCCUCCAUCCCUGUGGACAGCGUUGAGCACACUCUCCACUUCCCUUCCUUUUUUUGACACUCCAGCUGGACCAGAGGGGCUGGGUGUGCAACUGACCCAUCUCACACCCAAAGAGCACAAGCCUGGUAACGGGCGCUGGGGCCAGGGGAGAAAGCAGAGCGAGGCGUGCGCAGGAGUGGAGCCGGUCGCCGUUCCAGAUGUGGACAUUUUGUUCAUCAUGGGCUUUUUGACAUUAAUUUUGCUUUAAAAAAUACUGCAUUUAAAUAUUAUUUGUCCUAGUGUGGGCCAGCUUGGGCUGCCAUAACAAAAUGUAUAGACUGGAUGGCUUAAAUGUCAGGAAUCUAUUUCUCACAGUUCUAGAGGCUUAGAAGUCCAAGAUCAAGGUGUGAAGGUCCUCUGGGCUCUUCCCCUUCUAAGGCCACAUGGUGGGGCUCUCUCCUCAUGACCUCAUCCAAAUUAAUCACCUCCCAAAGGCGCCACCCCGAAAUGCCAUCCCAUUAGGGGUUAGGGCUUCAGCACAGGAACACUGGGGAGGCACAGAAAAGUUCAACUCAUAGCGGUCUUCAUUGCUGACGUUUUGGCUUCCUCCGACGCAGCCGCCCAGUGUUGUACCCAAGGCAGAGGCCUCACCGAUCUCACUCUUAUCCAGGCCCUGCAUGUUGAGGUUACAUAACUUGCUUAGGCUCAUGCAGGUCGGGAUGGUCACCACUUCGCUGAGCUGAAUGUCCAGGGGACAGUGGUGACGAUGGCCAGGCGGCUGUGUGAGUGCCGCCCCAGCUGACGUCUGCUGGCACAGUUCCCAGGCCUCUCUGGUGCUGAGUGUGAACUGGGAGAUGGUCAUGUUGGCAUCAGACUCCUAGGCGACAGCAAAGGGAUGGAAGGCAGAAAUAACGGAAAAUGAAGUCUCCUGCCGACCCAGGAAACCUCCACAAAGGUAGAAGACGCAGGAAACACGUUUUAUUAGCAGCCACCAAGAGGGCCCGGGCCACCAGGAGGAGCCUGCUGCACAUCCCCUAUGGAGAGGGCCACGGUGAGACACUGGACAUCUAUUUUCCUGAGGGCAUGUCUGAAGCCUGGCCUGUCUGUGUGUUUUUCCACGGAGGAUACUGGCAGAGUGGAAGUAAAGAUACAUCAGCUUUCAUGGUGAACCCACUGACAGCACAGGGGGUGGCCGUGGUGAUAGUGGCUUACGACAUUGCCCCCAAAGGCACCCUGGACCAGAUGGUGGACCAGGUGACCCGGAGCAUCGUGUUUGUCCAGAAGUUGUAUCCAUGCAAUCAGGGCAUUUACCUGUGCGGACACUCAGCUGGGGCCCACUUGGCCGCCAUGAUGCUCCUGGCCCGCUGGCCCAACCGUGGAGUCACACCCAAUCUCAGAGGUGUCCAUGGGGACCGUGGCCCACCUGGGCAGCCUUCACCCUCCCCUGAUGUGCCAGAUGGCCUUUUCCUGGUAAGUGGGAUCUAUGACCUAGAGCCGAUCCUGCACACCUCUUACAGCGCCCCUCUCCUCAUGACCCUGGAGGUUGCUCAGAGGAACAGCCCACAGUGGCACCUGGGAGCGACCCUGACACAGCCCGCGGAUCCCACGUGCCGUGUGCUGGUGAUCCUGGGCCAACACGACUCCCCUGAAUUCCACCGACAGUCCCGGGAGUUCUAUCAGACACUCUGCCGAGGUGGGUGGGAAGCCUCGUUUGAAGAACUCCGUGACGUGGAUCACUUUGAAAUCAUUUGGAACCUGACCCGGAAGGACUAUGUGCUCACCCAGAUGAUUUUGAAAACCAUCUUGCAGGAGUUCUGAUGGCACCUGAACCCCAGGAGGCGUGCAGCCUGACUGUGAAGCUCCUCCAGCGAGCCUGCCCGCCACCCCGCCAGCCCCAGGAGUGCCUGUGGGUCCGCUCACCCUGCCACUAGCCCAUCCUCGCUGCUCUGAGCACUGCUAAAAACCUCCGCUCCGUGGCCUUCCCUGGCCUGGACCAAGCGGCCUCCAAGGAGGGGCCAGCCCAGGUCACUGCUGUGGGAUGCCCAGAGCUGCCACCUGGCCAAAUCUGACCCCUCUGCCUGCUGAGGAGUGACAAAGGUGACAGCUCCUAGCCAUACCUGGACUUGCCUCUGGCUGACCCUUCUGUCAGAGCUCCCCAAACCAGACUUCGUUCUGUCUUGUCACCCCUUUAUCCCCUCUGUCCUAGCACCCUGUGACAGAUAGGACAGGCUUCUUCUGCCCCCCAGGGGUGUGUGCAAUUCCCACGGACCCACCAUCUCUCCUCCACCACCCUCCACACCCCACUUCCUCUCUCCCCCACUCUGAAUAGCUAAGAGUUCAAGAGUGAUUGAUGACUGCAAAAAUAGGAAAUAGCCUAAAUAUUCAUCAGUAAGGAAUAAGCAAUCUCACCACCAUGUAGCCAUUAGAAAGAGAUCUAUGUUCAGCACAUUGGAAAUCUCCACGAUGUACUGUGACAUGACAGAAAGCAAGAUGUUCAGUGAUACAAUAUGGUACUAUCUCUUGAUGAUGUCAUAAAAUGUACACCCACAAGGUGACGUGUUCCCUUGCACAUGUGUGUGGUGUAGGGAAGAGCCUGGGGUGGCCCACACCUCAUGCCUGUGCUCCUCUCUGGGGAUGGGGACACAUGAAGGUGGGUGUUUGCUUUGCUUUCUCUGGAUUCUUUGAGUCUUUUAGGAUAAGACUGAAAUCAGCAUUUAAACGUAGUAUGUAAUUUGAAACAUUAAAAUAUUCAGAAAGCUUCCAAGAUGCAGGCAAAUGAGAAUGACAUUAUAGAUGUAGCUUGAAUCCAUUCUAGAUUUUUAAAGGAAAUGACUCACAGAUUGUAGGCCUUCAUUUAAUAUUUGUAACAAAUUUCUCAGGAGACAUCUCUGGACUGCUGGCAGGAGACCCAAGUUGUCACCACACCUGGGUUUGGAAAUUAUUCCCUUAGCUUAUGCCCUGUUCAGGCAAAUGCCUUAAGGGAAGCAAACGACAGAACAAAAGUGCACUGCCUGCUGUGUGUUCCUAUUUUCAUUAAAAUGAAUAUGUAGACAUCUAUAUAUGUGACAUACUAUAUGUAGCUAUCUAUAGAUAUAGACUGUGGAUUAGGUAACUAUCAUUGUUAAAUAUCCUGGUUUUGACACCUGCACUUGGCUAUAUGAGAAAAUGAACUCUUUACAGUAAAGAGGCAUAAUGCCUUCUUACUGUUAAAUAAUUCAGGUAAAAAAUAUAGGCACACAUGUAUGCAUAUGAGAUAUAGAAUACAUAUGUACACACACUCUGAUCAUAUAUAUUCUCUCUAUAUAUAAAUAUAGGUAAAUAGAAUGAAAAUGAUAAAGUGAAUGAGGAACAUGUAAACAAAACCUGGGUAAGGGACAUGAGUAUUCUUGUACUACUAACAACUUUAAGAUGAUGACAAAAUUACCAAAAAGUUGUGACAUUAAAAGAAUAGAAGCCAGCAGCCGCUCGUGAAGGCCUCCUAUUUCUGGCCUGGCCAUCCGCUCCCCGCUGCAGCCUGCAAAGUGACUUCAGAGCACUGUCCCAGCACAAAGGACACAGACUUUUUUCCUGUAGGCUGCAGGACUUCUGCUGCUGGGACACCUACUUUGAGGAAUGGGGAGUCUGCCCGCGGCCCCCCCCCACAGUCUGGUAUUCCCCUGCUGUCCUGUAGGUUUGUCACCAUGGGGGCCUUGCCCCCACCCUCCUGGAUACCCAGUCUGGGUGAUCAGGGGCUUUGAGCUCUGUCCUUUCCUGUCCCUUAGUCCUUCAAGCUUAUUUGGAGUUUUCUGUGUGACGUCAAAGCCCUGUGAAGCUGUCCUUCCUGACCGCGGAGCAGGUCAGGGCCUGUGUUGCCCACUUUGGUUGCCUAGCACCCAGGGGCGGCUUGCAGAUCUGUUCCUAGAGCCGGGUUCACUCCCUUGCUCCCUGUCCUUUGCAGACAUCUGCCAGCGACUCCAGGUCUCCAUCGUUCACCCAUAAAAGAAUCUGGGUGGGGCAUGGAUAGGCAGGCCGGCAGGCAGAGCUGAGACUGGAAGUAGGUUCCAGCACGUGGGGAGUUUGGUGUGUGAUGACUGGCGGGAUCUCAAAUCCAUUGUGCAAAGCUGCUUAUCAAACAAAGUGUGGGGGUAGCAGACUGACUCUAGGAAGGCACGAAUCCAAACACUUUUCCCCGCACCUCCUGUCGAUACACUUCUGGAGGGGUCCAGACUUAAACAUAAAAACCCAAAGCAGAAGAAAUCUUCAAUGACUUAUAAAUCAUCUGAGUGGAGCAAGCGUUUCUAAGCAUGACAAAAAACAAAACUAAAGAAGCCGAGUCGUUAUGUCUGCCUAAACAUUAGAAACUUGUGCAGGAAAAAAAAAACAUGACAGUCCAAAGACAACAAAUUGGAAAGGGGGUGAGUGGCUGGGGGAGAGGACAGAUGAGAGAAGCCCCUUGUGUAUAAAAAUUCUCAUCAAACAAUAGGAAAAAAAUCAGUAACGCAAAAGAAAUGUGGUCAAAGACAAGAACAGGCGAUUCAUGGGAAAGGAGUUUAGGUGACGGUAAGAGAGCCGCCCUCCGUUUGCAGUAGAGAUGACUUUAAACAAGGACGUGCUGUUUGCAUGCUCCCGCCAAGACCAAAACGUUUGAUGUCCCGCAGCGUUGCCGGAGAAUGGGGACUCGGGCCUUCCAAGAACGUGGUCUUGACCUUGUAAAGUUAACUAGGGAGAACUUUGACCCUGAGAACUUAGCAAACAAUAAAAGUAACGCAGCCUCACCCUG